AUGAGUGAAACCGUGAAAUAUAGCGAUAUUUUAAAACCCAGAAAUAUACAAUUUGGUAUUUUUAAGUUUAUGACUCGUUCAUGGGAACCUAAGAAAACUGUAACUCUAGGAAAAUAUUAUUCACCUCAAGAAAUUAAAAAGGUGGUCGCUGAAUCUGUAUACAUCGAUGCCUACUUAGAAGCGGAGAGUGCCCGCAGUGGUGCACCUAAAGAACAGCUGCGAAAAGAGGUAUUUGAAUAUUUAGAAGAGAUUGCAAUGGAUAAAAAAAUGCAUAUAAUUCGUUGGAUGGGAAUAAUGUUUCUUAAAAUAUGUUUCAUGAUGAAAAUAGGAGUAUUUGUCAAUGAACCUGCAUUGCUUAAGAUAAAAUCAUCAAUGGGCAAAAAUCCAAUAUUAUUCUUGCCAACUCACCGAAGUUAUGCUGAUUUUUGUCUUAUGACAUAUCUAUGCUUUCAUUAUGAUAUAGAAUUACCUGCUGUUGCUGCAGGAAUGGACUUUUAUUCAAUGGCGGUGAUCGGUCAAAGUAUGCGGGAAACGGGAGCAUUUUACAUUCGACGUACAUUAGUCGGCUCGCCCCUUUAUGCGGCCACGCUACGUCAUUACGUACGGACUCUGGUGGCGAAGCACUACGCGCCUGUGGAGUUCUUCCUCGAAGGAACUAGGAGUAGGAGUAAUAUGAGUUUAUUGCCUAAAUACGGCAUGUUGUCAAUGUCGCUCGUGCCAUACUUCGCGCGCGAAGUUGCAGACGUCACGAUAGUGCCUGUUAACAUCAGCUAUGACCGUCUCAUGGAACAGAGUCUCUUCGCAUUCGAACACAUGGGUGUGCCCAAACCUAAAGAAACUACUGGGGGAUUCCUAAAAUCAUUAUAUAGAUUAAACGAUAACUACGGCAACAUUUAUAUAAAUUUAGGCGAUCCAAUUUCUUUAAGAGAAUAUUUAGGGCAAGAUUUGCCCUUCUCUUCAGAGACUUUAAAGCCCUUAGAUUUGCAACAUCUGACCACUGAACAGUUCAAAUAUGUUCAAGAUAUUGCCGAUUACACGGUUUCCAUGCAACAGGAGAGCACUGUUGUCACUAUAUCGAAUUUAAUCUGUAUUAUAUUAAUGGAGAGCAUUAUAAAGAACGAAGUGUUGAGUUUGGAACAAGUAUCGAUCAAAAUAGAGUGGUUGAUUCAAAUUUUGCGGACACUUGGUGCAUCGGUUUUUGAAAACGACGUGAAAACCAGUAUCGACAGGAUUUUAUUGGUCCAUAAGAAAAUAAUGAAGUUAGACGGUGACAAUAAAUUACGUCUCGUCUCUGGCACUCUGAUGGAUGUCAGUCCUGAAGUACAGAAAAAAAUGAAAGGUCACAUUUUAAAAGCGGAAACUAUGGUGAAUGCAAUUCCGAUCAUUGAAUUGCAGUUGUAUGUGAAUCCAGUCCUGCACUACUUGGUGCCGCCUGCCAUUGUGUACCUCGCCGUGCUGAAAGGAGAGAAUACUAUUGAGGGCCUUUCCGCUGACUACCAUCGCCUGAGAAAGUUAUUAAGAUACGAAUUCUUCCAUUUAGAAAAGACUGAAAAAACGACAUUCAACAAGGCGUUAGAAUAUUGUGUGCAGAACAAAGUGAUCACAGACACAUAUAGGAACGGCUCGGAGGAAUCGUUGCAGCUGUUAUUGCAAUGGACGGUGACGCCGGCUCUCACAACGUUGGCUAACUGCGUAGAAGUUAUGGCGGAGCACAAAAAGUGCGAGCACAGACAGGCGUUGCGGCUGGUGCAGGAGCGCGCGGAGACGCGCCGCCUGCACCCCUACUGCCUCAGCCUCGAGUCCAUCGCCAACUGCUUGCAGGGGCUUGCCCUGAACGGGACCGUUACUAAACGGAGAAAG